GAUCUACUUUCCACCGGCAUCAUAUGCGGGAGGAGGUCGCGUCUCUUCCACCAGCUGCUCGUCUCCCCAUUUUAUUCCCUCUUUAAGGUCUAAAAUAGAAAACUCUAAAUUGCUCUCCUCGCCGAGGCGCCCGGGGAACAUUAAUUUGCUGGUUGCAAUCCAAAAUUUCGGCGUGUAAUCGAAGCUCGUACCAGAGCUGUUGACCGCACGCGCUUCAAAACUGUUUCUGGAGCUGUAAAACAAGGAGGCAACCAAGUAUUUCCACCGACAGACUGCGCCAAGAUGGGGUAUGGACGGUCGGACAGCUACCGCGUGGCCACCACGCAGGACAAGGAUGAGAAAGAGUCACCUAAGAAGAAGGCAGGAGGCAAAGAUCUGGAUGACCUGAAGAAAGAAGUUCCUAUUACGGAACACAAAAUGUCUGUGGAGGAAGUCUGCAGGAAGUACAACACUGAUAUCGUUCAGGGUUUGACCAACGCCCGGGCGGCCGAGUACCUUGCAAGAGAUGGACCCAACGCUCUGACUCCUCCCCCAACAACUCCAGAGUGGGUCAAGUUUUGUCGCCAGCUGUUCGGCGGCUUCUCCAUCCUGCUGUGGAUCGGCGCCAUCCUCUGUUUCCUGGCCUACGCCAUCCAGGCGGCCACCGAGGACGAGCCUGCCGGAGAUAACCUGUACCUGGGUAUCGUCCUGUCUGCCGUUGUCAUCAUCACCGGCUGCUUCUCCUAUUUCCAAGAGGCCAAGAGCUCCAAGAUCAUGGAGUCCUUCAAGAACAUGGUCCCUCAGCAAGCCUUGGUGAUCCGCGAAGGGGAGAAGAUGCAGAUUAAUGCAGAGCAGGUGGUCGCAGGAGACCUGGUGGAGGUGAAGGGAGGAGACCGGAUCCCUGCUGACCUUCGUAUCAUCUCCUCUCAUGGAUGCAAGGUGGACAACUCUUCCCUGACUGGUGAAUCUGAGCCUCAGACCCGGUCACCUGACUGCACACAUGACAACCCUCUGGAAACCCGCAACAUCACAUUCUUCUCCACCAACUGUGUCGAAGGAACGGCCCGUGGGAUCGUCGUGUGCACAGGUGACCGUACAGUAAUGGGGCGUAUCGCCACCCUCACCUCGGGGCUGGAGACUGGAAAGACCCCAAUUGCGAAGGAGAUCGAGCACUUCAUUCACAUCAUCACGGGCGUGGCCGUGUUUUUGGGCGUGACCUUCUUUGUCCUGUCACUCAUCCUCGGAUACAGCUGGCUGGAGGCCGUCAUCUUCCUCAUUGGUAUUAUUGUGGCCAAUGUGCCAGAAGGACUGCUGGCCACUGUCACCGUCUGUCUGACUCUGACCGCCAAGAGAAUGGCUCGUAAGAACUGCCUGGUGAAGAACCUGGAGGCCGUGGAGACGCUGGGCUCCACCUCCACCAUCUGCUCCGACAAAACUGGCACGCUGACACAGAACAGGAUGACAGUGGCCCAUAUGUGGUUCGACAACCAGAUCCAUGAGGCAGACACCACUGAGGACCAGUCCGGCUCCUCAUUUGACAAGAGCUCCACCACCUGGGUGUCUCUGGCUCGUAUCGCCGCCCUGUGUAACCGCGCUGUCUUCAAGGCCGGCCAGGAGUCACUUCCCAUCCUGAAGCGUGACGUGGCCGGGGACGCAUCAGAGUCUGCUCUGCUCAAGUGUAUUGAGUUGUCCUGUGGUGCCGUGAAGACUAUGAGGGACAAGAACAAGAAGGUGGCUGAGAUUCCCUUCAACUCCACCAACAAGUACCAGCUCUCAAUUCACGAAGCCGAGGAUGAAAGCGACAACCGCUACCUCCUGGUGAUGAAGGGGGCACCAGAGAGGAUCCUGGACCGCUGCACCACCAUCAUGCUGCAGGGCAAAGAGCAGCCCAUGGACGAUGAGAUGAAGGAAGCGUUCCAAAAUGCUUACCUGGAACUGGGAGGACUUGGAGAGAGAGUGCUGGGUUUCUGCCAUCUGUUCCUGCCUGAGGACAAGUACCCCAAAGGUUUCGCCUUCGACACUGACGACGUCAACUUCCAGACAGACAACCUGUGCUUUGUGGGUCUGAUGUCGAUGAUCGACCCUCCACGUGCCGCUGUGCCUGACGCCGUGGGAAAAUGUCGCUCGGCUGGCAUCAAGGUCAUCAUGGUCACUGGCGAUCAUCCAAUCACAGCCAAGGCCAUUGCCAAGGGUGUGGGCAUCAUCUCAGAAGGCAAUGAGACAGUGGAGGACAUCGCUGCACGUCUCAACAUCCCAGUCAGCCAAGUCAACCCCAGGGACGCCAAAGCUUGCGUGAUCCACGGGACGGAUCUGAAAGACCUGACUCAGGAGCAGAUGGACGACAUCCUGAAGAAUCACACUGAGAUCGUCUUUGCCAGAACUUCCCCGCAGCAGAAGCUCAUCAUCGUCGAGGGCUGCCAGCGACAGGGUGCUAUCGUGGCAGUAACAGGUGACGGUGUCAACGACUCCCCAGCUCUGAAGAAAGCUGAUAUUGGUGUCGCCAUGGGAAUCUCCGGCUCUGACGUGUCCAAACAAGCCGCCGACAUGAUCCUGCUGGACGACAACUUUGCCUCCAUUGUCACUGGCGUGGAGGAAGGUCGUCUGAUCUUCGACAAUCUGAAGAAGUCCAUCGCCUACACUCUGACCAGCAACAUUCCGGAGAUCACUCCGUUCCUCUUCUUCAUCCUGGUCAACAUCCCUCUGCCUCUGGGCACCAUCACCAUCCUCUGCAUCGACCUCGGCACAGACAUGGUGCCAGCCAUCUCUCUGGCCUACGAGGCUGCGGAGAGUGACAUCAUGAAGCGGCAGCCCAGGAACCCAGCAAGGGACAAGCUGGUGAACGAGAGACUCAUCAGCAUCGCUUACGGACAGAUCGGUAUGAUCCAGGCGCUGGGAGGUUUCUUCGCCUACUUUGUCAUCAUGGCUGAAAAUGGCUUCUUGCCAGACUGCCUCGUCGGCAUUCGACUGAACUGGGACGAUCGCUCCAACAACGACCUGGAGGACAGUUACGGCCAGCAGUGGACCUAUGAGCAGCGCAAGAUCGUGGAAUUCACCUGCCACACAGCCUUUUUCGUCAGUAUUGUGGUGGUGCAGUGGGCCGACGUCAUCAUCUGCAAGACCAGACGUAACUCGGUGUUCCAACAGGGCAUGAGGAAUAAGAUUCUUAUCUUCGGCCUGUUUGAGGAGACAGCCCUCGCUGCCUUUCUGUCCUACUGCCCCGGGAUGGAUGUGGCGCUGCGCAUGUAUCCCCUCAAGCCCAGCUGGUGGUUCUGCGCUUUCCCGUACAGUUUUCUCAUCUUUGUUUACGAUGAGAUUCGAAAACUCAUCCUUCGCCGAAACCCAGGAGGCUGGGUGGAAAAAGAAACAUACUAUUAAAUUAUGGGAUCAUCAUUUACUCUCCCUCCCUCUUUCCUCCCUUCCUCUUGUCUCAUCAACUGUCCUUCCAUCAUCAUCUCGCACUCUAAAACAACAAGUGGACCAACGACAGAGGGGGAGGGGCCGUCCCACUGGAUCCCCUGGCCUCUCUGUCCUCUUUGAUACUUUCGAUCCGUCCAGCAGAAACCUGCCAGCAGAUUCUAACCAUAGCAACUGUCCCGCUGCCGCCGACAUCGUGGUGCUGUUACUUUGGGGGUCCAGCUCCUCCGACACUGCCAUCAGACGACUUUUCUAAAUCUUAACCGGGUGUGAUUUGUAAAUCUAAACUCCAUCGACGUUUCUAGUUUGUUUGGCCAUGACAAAGCACACAGCCCGUCCGCUGCCCUGCCUGCUGCUCUGACCCUGAUCGUCUGUACCGUCGUGACGCCGUGCAAACCUUCGUAAAACCUUCCACCGACUCUCUUCCUCCCGCCAUCACGGUCCCUCCCUCUCUCCCUCCCUCCACCCCGACCCUUCACUCGUCCUCAAAAGAUUAAAAAAAUACAAUCUCUCUGUGUCCUCGGAAAAAGAGAUUUCUCUCCGAUUUCAUGAUUUCAAUGUCAACAAAGUGCGACGCGCCUUGACUUGUGAACCACCGGCAAAAAAAGAAGUGAAAUAAAACAGAAGGAUCUCUCU